AUGUCGGCUCCCGGAAGCGGCUUUCUGGGCCGCUCAAGCAGUAGCAAUGCCAACAUGCGAGGUUUGGUCCAGUUUAUUGCCGACUUGAGAAACGCCCGGGCUCGCGAGUUGGAAGAGAAGCGCAUCAACAAGGAACUCGCCAAUAUCCGACAAAAGUUCAAGGACGGCAACCUCAGCGGCUACCACAAGAAGAAAUAUGUCUGCAAACUGCUGUACAUUUACAUUUUGGGAUGGAACGUUGACUUCGGUCACCUCGAGGCCGUGAACCUCAUCUCGGCGCAAAAGUACUCCGAAAAACAGAUUGGCUACCUCGCCAUGACCCUCUUCCUCCACGAGAAGCACGAGCUGCUGCAUCUUGUCGUAAACAGCAUUCGCAAAGACCUGUUGGACCAUAAUGAGCUUUUCAACUGCUUGGCUUUGCAUGCCAUUGCUAAUGUCGGCGGACGGGAGAUGGGCGAAGCCCUUAGCUCCGAGGUCCAUAGACUACUCAUUUCACCGACCUCAAAAUCAUUUGUCAAGAAAAAGGCUGCCCUGACGCUGCUGCGACUCUACCGCAAAUAUCCCGACAUUGUCUCUCCCCAAUGGGCCGAGCGCAUUAUUCACCUCAUGGAUGAUGCUGACUUGGGAGUUGCCCUGUCUGUCACCUCGCUUGUCAUGGCACUUGCCCAGGAUAACCUCGAGGGAUACAAGGGGGCUUAUGCCAAGGCGGCCGCUCGACUCAAGAGGAUCAUUAUUGAUGGCGAAUACACCACCGACUACCUCUACUACAAGGUUCCCUGCCCAUGGCUGCAAAUCAAACUGUUGAGACUGCUCCAGUACUUCCCGCCGUCUGACGACACCCACGUCCGUGAAAUGAUUCGAGAGUCGUUGCAGAGAAUUCUGAACCUGGCAAUGGAGGCCAACAAGAAUGUUCAACAGAACAAUGCCCAAAACGCCGUCUUGUUCGAAGCCAUCAAUCUCAUCAUCCAUCUCGACACGGAGCAUGCGCUCAUGAAACAGAUUUCUUCUCGACUGGGCCGAUUCAUUCAGAGCAGGGAGACCAACGUACGAUACCUGGGUCUAGAGGCAAUGACACAUCUUGCGGCCCGAACCGAAACCCUGAUACCCAUCAAACAACACCAAGACAUAAUCCUGGGCUCACUCAAAGACAGAGACAUUAGCGUUCGCAGAAAGGGGUUGGAUCUUUUGUACAGCAUGUGUGACGCUACUAAUGCCAGAAUCAUUGUUGGUGAAUUGCUGCAUUUCCUCCAAAAUGCCGACUUUGCCAUUCGUGAAGAAAUGGUUCUUAAGAUUGCCAUUCUCACGGAGAAGUAUGCCACCGAUGUGCAGUGGUACGUUGACAUUUCGCUCCGCCUGAUUGCCAUGGCUGGUGAUCACGUUAGCGAUGAAGUCUGGCAACGCGUGAUUCAAAUCGUCACGAAUAACGAGGAGCUUCAGGUCUAUGCGGCGCAAACUGCUUUGCAAUACGUCAAGUCCGACCACUGCCACGAGACGUUGGUCAAAAUUGGCGCGUACAUUCUGGGCGAGUUUGGCCACCUGGUUGCCGAUCAAACGCGCUGCAGCCCAAUCGAGCAGUUUAUGGCUCUCCAGGGAAAGCUGUCUGGGUGCUCGCCCAGCACCAGGGCCAUGAUUUUGUCAUGCUUCAUCAAGUUCGUCAAUUUGUUCCCUGAGAUCAAGCCGCAACUGCUCCACACAUUUGAGGUGUACAGUCACACGUUGGACUCCGAAAUGCAGCAGAGGGCCUGCGAAUAUCUGACCUUGGCGAACCUGCCCACGGACGACCUGCUGAGGACAGUGUGCGAUGAGAUGCCACCGUUCCCUGAGCGAGAGUCUGCACUUCUUUCCCGACUCCACCAAAAGCAUGCCAACACCAGUGAUCGACGGACCUGGGUCGUCGGAGGCAAGGACGCCAAUGCUGAUGGCACCGAGCUGGGCAUGGCCAAGCCAGGAGGUCUUAAGAGAACCUUUAGCUCUGCUGCUGCGAUGAAUGGCGGCAAGGCCAAUGGGAACGCUAACGGUGCCAAUGAUCUUGCUGGCCUGGAUAUGAAUGCGCCAUCACCGUCGGAACCCAAGAUGCUCAAGGCUCCCAAUCUGGCUAGCGCCGCUCACCUGUCUCCUGGCUGGGAAAAGGGCUUCAACAAACUCAUUCUUCGAUCAGACGGCAUCCUGUAUGAAGAUGGUCAAGUCCAGGUUGGCGUGCGAUCCGAGUACCGCGGUCAGAUGGCUUGUCUCAUCACAUACUUCUCCAACAAGUCGCCGUCGCCCAUGACGUCCUUUACAACCACUCUCGACCUGGACGAAAGUGAGAAGAGCAAACUCACUUGGGACGUCAAGGGCCUUCCCGACAGCACCAUUGCCCCCGGUGGACAAACGCAACAGGUCGUCAUGUUUGAAUCCAAAAGGAUAUUCGAAAAGAGCCCAACCGUGCGCAUCAGCUAUCUCGCAGGCGCUCUGCAGGCUGUGACGUUGAAGCUGCCCGUUGCCGCACACAAAUUCAUGGACCCCGCAGACCUCUCGGCCGAAGACUUCUUCAAACGCUGGAAGCAGAUCGGAGCCGGUCCGCGCGAGGCACAGGAGAUAUUCGGUCUUGCCGGCCCCAAGAACAACACCAGAGAGAUUACGGAGAAAUUUGUCAUCAAUACCGUAGAGGGCUUCCGAUGGCGUGUCCUGGACAUGGUUGACCCCAACCCGAAGAACAUUGUUGGCGCCAGCGUGUUGCACACUUCAGAGGGAGGAAAGUUUGGCUGUCUUUUGCGUCUGGAACCAAAUUAUUCUACUCAGAUGAUCCGGAUGACAAUCCGUGCCACCGACGACUCGGUUCCGACAAUCAUGUUGAAACUCAUGCAGGAGAGACUCUCUCAGGGCAUCUCAACUGUUCCCGAGUACCUCGAUCUUACAGAACACUCCAAGCUCGACGAACUACGGACAACCAUUCAGCUCCUCAAGGAUAUCCAAGCCCCCCUGAAGUUGAUCGUUGCCGGGAACCACGACUUCACACUUGACGAAUCUGCGUUUGAGAAGAAACUAGCCGAGGCGGAUCGUAUUGCGGGUGAGCCCAUCGACCGGGGUCUUGUGAGGGAUCAAUUUGGACAUCCUGGUGAAGCUCAACGGUUGCUGGAAGAUGCGGCAGAGGAUGGGAUAGCUUUUCUGCGUGAAGGGACGUAUUCCUUCUCGCUUCAGAAUGGAGCACGUCUCAAGGUCUACGCGAGCCCGUAUACGCCAUCCAAUGACGGAAACUGGGCGUUUCAAUAUACGGGCGAGCAUUCAUUCGACAUUGAGCCCAGUACGAGUGUGGUCAUGACGCAUGGCCCGCCGCACGGCAUUCUAGAUAGGACGGAGGAUCGGAAACGGAUUGGUUGCCCUGGGCUGUUUGAAGCUGUGGCGAAAAAGAAGCCCCUGGUGCAUUGUUUCGGACACGUUCAUCACGGAUGGGGUGCCAAGUUGGUUUCGUGGCGGAAGCAAAUGACAGAGAAGCCGUCUCAUUUUACAGAUGUUGAUAAUGAAGCGUCGAUUGUUAUCGACAGUCUUGCUUCGCUGGGGGAUGGAGGGGAUGAGAGGCAAUUUCGCCAGACGAGUCAUUGCUCUGGAGAUGAGUACCCGGCUGGAGAUGGCAAGACGCUGUUCGUGAAUGCUAGCAUCAUGGGGGAUGAGGGACAGAUGCCCUGGGGUAUGGAUAUUGAGUUGCCGCCAAUAUGA